AUGGAUAACACUAUUUUGAAUAAAAAAGAAAAAAUAAGGACCAUUUGUAAAAAGAUAAAUAAACUGAAGAAGAGAUUUUACAGUUGUACUGAAUAUUUAAAAUGCGUUGAAGUCUUAUUUGAAAAAUCUGGAACAAAAUGUAUAAAAAAAACAAAAAAAAAUGAGCGAUCCCCAAAUCCUGAACAUAAUCGAAAUUCCCCACCAACAAAGGAUAUACUUUUUACUGGAUUUAUAAAGGAUUUGGAUUUUUUUAAUGUCAAAAACUUGGAUAUAUUUUUUGAUAAAUGCUGUCUUGUAAACAAUAAAUAUAAUGACAAAAAAAAACAUAGUAAUUUAAAUUUUAACUCUGGUCAUAAGAAGCACCAUGGGAAGAAAACAAAAUUAAAAAAAAAAAAAAAAAAUGGCAUUGAAGAAGAUUUAUCAAAUAAAAAUAAUAAUACAGAACAUGAAAUAAUAUUAGAAUCUUCCCCAAGCAGUAACAGUAAAUAUUCAAAACUUAAUAGUAGGCAACCCGAUGAAAAUGAGAAAAAUUCUCACGCUGAAAAUAAACUAAACAAAAUGAAGAACAAUGAUAUAGAUAUAAAUACAGAGAGUGUAUAUAAUCAAACUAUGGAAAUAUCACUAGAUGAUUUAAAAAAUGAAAAUAUGCAAUGCAUUAGUAAAAUAAUUUCUAAUGAUGACAAUAUUCAGGAUAAUAAAAGAAGAGAAACUAAAUUAUACGACAUCGAUUUAUGUGAUCAUCUUUCAAAUAAGAGACGAAAAUUAAGUGAAAUUACUGUUAAUAUGAAUGACAUGUAUAGUGAAUUAAACAAUAUUCAAGAACAAAUAUCUACCCAAUUUUCAUUUGAUGAACAACCAGAUUUAGAAAAAGAUUAUGAAAAAAAAGAAAACUAUACAAAGGGUGAAGACACCCAAGGAAUAUAUAACAAAAAUAAGUAUAUAAAAAAGCAAAAUUUAAUUUUAAAAAUAUCUAAUAUAAUAUUUGAAGGUAUUAAAGAUAGAAAAGGAGAAAAAUUGAAUGAAGCUAGUUUGGUACUUCAAAAUGGCAUGAAAACAUUAAAUUUUUUAUUUGAAAAUACGCAAUUUAAUCAUGAUAAAAAACAAAAUAUAGAUAAGAAUAUAAAAAAGGAAUAUGAAUAUAUUGCUAACCAAAUUGAUGUAAUAGUUAGCGGAAAAUUGGACGAAAAUAUGGAAAAUAAAAUAACUUAUCAAGAAGAUUUACAAAAAUGCUUAAUGUUUUUUAAUAAUGUUUUUUUAAAAUUGUCUGUACAUAUAAAUACAUUAUUUAGUACAUGUAUAGAACUAUUGAAAUGGGAUUUCUCACAGUUAAGUUAUAGUAAAACAACAGAAUCAAAUAACUCACUAAAAGUAAUUAAUAUUAUUAAUAAAUAUCAAAACCAUCAAGAAUAUAUUAUACAUUUUAGUAAGUAUCUUUUACAAAUAUGUAAAAUAUUUAUAUCACGAAAUAAUAGUGAGUCUAUAUGUUUUAAUGGAAAGUAUAUAAAGGACAUCAUAUCAAAAAAAGAAAUAAAGACAAUAAAAAAUUUAAUUAAAAUUUUAAAUAAAUGGAAUAAAAUUGAUCUUAAUAUUUUAUUAAAAUUAACACAAUACAAAAUGGAAAAUAACACAACCACCUAUCAAAUAAAAAUACUUAAUCACGAUUUAGUUAAAUAUAAUUUUUUUGUGAGAAAAAUCGAUUUUUUGAAAUAUAAUAAUAAAAUUAUUAGAUCAUUGAAAAGGGUUUCCUCUUUACUCUUUGAUGAAAAACUAAACAAGGAAAUAAACAAAAACAUAAAUAAGGUUGAAAAUGUUAGUAAAAGUUGUAACAUUAACAUAAAUAAUAUACUGUCUGAAUGCAAUAAAUUUUAUAAAAAAAAUAAAACAAAUGUGCCAAGUGAAAUAAAUCAGGAUCAGGGAAGUGAAACCAGUGGCAGUAAUAGCAGUAGUAGUAGCGAGGUUGAUGGAAACGAUUUUUUUUCAAAAUGUGUUGAUGAGGAAAAGUUAGGAGAUGAUGAUUGGAAAUAUGAAAGAGACAUAAAAUCAAACGAAAUUAAAAUUAUAACAAAUUUAAAUAAAAUAUUAACUCAUGAAAUGAAUUAUCAUGAAUUUAUAAGAAAUGCAAUAAAAAAAGAAGUAGAUGGAAUAGCCAAUAUUUAUAUAUAUAUAAAAAAAAUAUAUAACUUUUUAGAAAAAAAUAAUGAAAAAGAUUCUUCAAUUGAUUUACCAUCAACACAAAAAGAAUAUUUAAUAAUAAACAAAUUUAGAGAAUAUUUAUUAGAAUUGUCUAUAAAUAAAAAUAGCAAAGAAAUAUAUAUGACCAAUGAUACUGCAUAUUGGAUAAAUACAAAUACUUCUAUAAUGAAUAAGGAAGAAAAUGGUCAUCCAAAUUUUAGUAUCACUAAUGAUUUUAACUUGCUAAAAAAUUAUAAUAUAUAUAAUAAUAAUAAAGUUAUUAAAGAUAAAUAUAGUAAAGAUGUUUUCGAAAAUUUUGAUAAAAUUAAACAAAAUAAAUACAACAACAAUUUAGAAGAAACAGAUGGAUUUAAAUAUAUUCCCUAUAGAAAUAAUAAUGAUAUAUAUAAUUUAGCAAACAUGAUAAAAUCCAUUUUAUCAUAUAUACUUAAAUGUUAUAUAGAUAAUCAUGCCGCUACACACCCAGACAUAUAUGAACAAAAUUCUAAAGGGCACUUAUAUACAUACCAAGAAAAAUUAAUUGUAAAUCUACAAGAAAAUAUUGAACAACUUAAAAAAGAAAAUACAGAAAAUGGUCAAAAAUUAGAAAUAGAAAAAAAUAUAGUUAUCAAUCUAAAUGAAGAAUUAGAAAAAAAGAAUCAAAUUAUUAAAGAGAUGGAAUUGUCUUUAGAAAAACUGACUGAGGAAAAUCAAGAGCUUCGUGUGCAAGGAGAAAAGGAAAAACUUGUUAGUGACUCAGCAUUCGAAGAGUUAGCAGCGGAAAAGGGAAGAAGCGCCGAACUCGCUGGUGAAUUAGAAGCGGAAAAAGAAAGAUGUACCAAGCUAUCUGAUGAGUUUGAAGCGGAAAAGGGAAGAAGCGCCGAACUAGCUAGUGAAUUAGAAGUAGAAAAGGAAAGAUGUGUCAAGCUAUCUGAUGAGUUAGAAGCGGAAAAGGAGAAAGUUGCCGAACUAUCUGAUGAACUCGAAGCAGAAAAGGGAAGAUGUGUCAAGCUAUCUGAUGAGUUUGAAGCGGAGAAAGAAAAAUGUGCCAAGCUAGGUGAUGAGCUAGAAGCAGAGAAAGAAAGAAGUACCAAAGUGACUGAUGAACUGGAAGGAGAAAAAGAAAUAAGCAUCAAGCUAGCUGAUGAGUUAGAGGCAGAAAAGGAAAACAUUGUAAAAAUGACGGAUGAACUAGAAGCAGAAAGAGAGAAACUUGUUAAAGUCGCUAAUGAGUUAGAAGCGGAAAAGGAGAAAGUUGUCAAAGUAGCUGAUGAGUUAGAAAUGGAAAGGGCAAAACUUGUCAAAUUAGCUGAUGAAUUAGAAGCGGAGAAUGAAAGAAGUGCCAAACUAGCUGAUGAAUUGGAAGGAGAAAAAAAAAGAUGCGAAGAGAAAGAAAAUAAAAUAAUAUUACAAAAUAAAGAGUUAGAGGAUAUGAAAAGAAUAAGAAAUGAUGAUAAGGAUAAAGAAGAUCAGAAAAGUGUAAAAGAAACAUUUUUCUCUCGAUUUUUAAAAAAGUAUAAAAAAAGUAGUAGCAAUGGGGAUAGUAAUAAUGAGGACAGUAGUGGCAGUGAAAAUAAAAUGGAAAACAAAAUGACAAACAACAUGACAAAGAAACUGGAGGAGUAUCAAAAUAUGGAUAAUGAUGAAAAGGAUGAAUACGGGAAUUUGUAUUAUUCCCAUAUUGAGAGUGUUAUAAAAAAUGAUAGUUUAGAGAAAGAAUAUGAUAAAAUGAUUAUAGAUUUUAAUUCAAGAAUAGAAAAUUUUAAUAAAAAAGUAGAUUAUUUUGACGAUAAAAUAAAAUAUUAUAAAAAUAUAUGUACAAAUUAUGAAAAAAAAAAUAUACAUAUAAAUAAUUGUGUUGAUAAAUUGGAAGAACUUAUAAUAGAUGCAGAUGAAAAAAUAGACAACGGAAAUUUAAAAAUAGAUAUACAAAAUAAAAUAGAAAAUUUAAAAAAUAUUUUAAAAGAAUUAAAAGAAAAUUAUAAAAUUGAAAUGAUUGAAACAGAUAGUAUGUUAUUUGAUGAAAUUUUAAAAGAAAAAAAUAUUUUAUUAAAAAAAAUUAAUAAUUAUAAAAUAAACAAUAUUGAUAAUGAAAAGAGUGAAGAAUUAAAAAAAUACAUGAAUGAUAUGAAUUUUAAAACAAUUAAUGAUUUAUUUAUUUUUCAUUUAAAUUGUACAGAAGAAUUAAAUUUACUUAAAGAACAGCUUAACAAAGUAAUGGAUGAAUGUUCAGGAAAAGAUAAAGAACUAACUAUUUUAAAUGAAAAUUGUAAAUCCUUAUUAUUAGAAGUAGAUAACCUAAAAUCUAUUUUAAAUGAUUUAUUUUCUUAUAAAGAAAACAAACCUGAUAUGAUAAGUAUGUCAGGAAGUGUGUACAGCCGAAAUGCAUCUAACAAUUUGAAUAAUAUUGUCCAAAACAAAACUGAUAUUAUUGACUUAGAAGAAUAUUGUAAGUCUCAAAUAAAAAAUAAAGAAGAUUUAACAAAUUUAGAAAUACCAAUAGAUAAUACUUCAGAUAUUCUUUCAAAUAUAAAUAGUGAACUCCUAGGAAGUAGCAAUUUCCCAUUAGCUUCAAACGAUACCAAUGACCCAAAGGAAAAUAAAAAAAGUCCUUAUAAACCCAAAAGACAAAAAACACCAAAAAGAACCAGUAAUCCACCAAUUUCUGAAGGCGCGAGUGAAAAUUCUCCGAGGCGAUACCAACUAAGAAGGUCGGCCAGGAACAAGUAA